GGGAGAGUUGCUUUGGCCCGUGAAAUGCGGGCUCGAGCAGCAGCAGCAGCAGCAGCUCGCGCCUCGGCUUUCUUGUCGCCGAUGAGGAGCGGCGGCGUCGUCGUCGUCGCCGAUGGAGGCCCCCGCAUUUCGCCAUAAGAGGUCCAAGCUCUGCGUCGCCGAGCGGAAAUCCGGCCGCACGCUCUCCUCGCGCGGAGGUGAGCUCCUCUCUCUCUCUCUCUCUUGCCGUCUGUUUGGGGCUCUGUCGUCGUGUUCGGCUACAGCCCUUUGCGAAAACGGGUAUCACUAAAAAUCUCGCAUUUCUACAAUAUCGGGCACUGCUGCGAAUGUGUGGGGAGCAGUGAAAGUUGCAGGGAGUGGCGGUUGCUCGUGAAUGAGGGCACUCCAUUCCCUAGUCGAGAACAAAGGGUCUGCUCUAUGCAAGGCUCUGAUAACCCAUUGUCAAGCUACCGUAGGAGGAAUCUUGCGUGAUCUCUAUACUGUCAAUAAUAUAUUAAGUGGGUACACAAAAUGUGGAGAAAUUUGGGUUGCCCACCAACUGUUCGACCGAAUGCGCGACAAAGAUGCAGUUUCCUGGAACACCAUGAUUUCUGGUUAUGUUAAUAGUGGUAAGCUGGAGAGAGCAUGGUAUUUUCUGGAGUCCAUGAGACAAUGUGGACUAGAAGUGGAUGCUUAUACUUUUUCAAGUAUGCUAAAAGGAGUAGCUAGUGCUGGUAGGCUUGAUCUCGGACAGCAGUUGCAUUGCUUGAUUUUCAAGCACGGAUAUGGCAGGAAUGUUUAUGCGGGAAGUGCUCUUUUGGACAUGUAUGCUAAGUGCGAGAGGGUUGAGGAUGCAUACAUCGUGCUCCAACACAUGCCGCAACGUAACUCUGUCUCGUGGAAUGCGCUUAUCAGUGGAUUUGCGCAGAGCGGUGACAGAGAGACCGCUUUUUGGCUUUUUGAUAGCAUGGAGCAUGAGGGUGUUAAGCCAGAUGAUGGAACCUUCGCUCCUCUCUUGACAUUGCUCAACAACCAUGAGUUUUUCAAGCUAACUGCACAGAUCCAUGCCAAAAUUAUGAAGCGUGGUCUAGAAUGGAAAAAUAAUGUUUGUAAUGCUGCAGUCAGUUCAUACUCAGAGUGUGGCUCCAUUGAAGAUGCUAAGAAACUGUUUGAUAGCAUUGUCUUAAGAGAUAUAGUGACAUGGAAUUCAAUGCUAGCUGCUUACCUUGUGCAUGGUGAAGAAGAUUCUGCCUUUAGGCUUUUUAUUGAUAUGUGGUGGCUGGGCAUUGAACCGGAUUUUUACACUUACACAAGUGUCAUAAGUGCUUGUUUUGAAGAAGCACGUAAAAAUCUGGGAAAGUCCCUCCAUGCUUUGGUAAUUAAAAGAGGUCUGGAGCGAUCAUUACCAAUCUCCAAUGCAUUUAUAGCUAUGUAUAUCAAAUUGGGUAAUGGAUCCAUGGACGAUGCUAUUCAUGUCUUCAAAUCAAUGCAAUCCAAGGACCGGGUCUCUUGGAAUUCCAUGUUGACCGGAUACUCCCAAGUUGGGUUAAAUGAAGAUGCAUUGGAACUUUUUGCCCAAAUGAGAUCUUUGAAUACUGAGAUUGAUCAUUAUGCUCUUUCAGCAGUUCUCAAGUCUUGCUCUGAUUUGGCAACUCUCAUUUUGGGCCAACAAGUUCAUGCAUUGGCACUUGAGUUUGGCUUUGAGUCAAAUGAAUAUGUUGGCAGUGCACUGAUCUUUAUGUACUCUAAGUGUGGCAUUAUUAAAGAUGCUAGAAACUCUUUCAAAGAGACCUUCCAAAGUAGCUCAGUCACUUGGAAUGCGAUUAUCUUUGCCUAUGCACAACAUGGUCUAGGACACGAUGCGCUUGAUCUUUUCCAUUUGAUGAGAGCAAGGAGAAUAAAGCUUGAUCACAUCACCUUUGUUGCUGUCCUGACUGCUUGUAGCCACAUUGGUUUGGUUGAAGAGGGCUAUGGGUUUCUAUUGUCAAUGGAAACGGAUUAUGGCAUUCCUCCCAGGAUGGAGAACUAUGCUUGUGCAAUUGAUCUUUUUGGGCGUGCUGGGCUUGUGAAUGAGGCUAAGGCCUUGGUGGAAUUGAUGCCGUUUCAACCUGAUAUGAUGGUCUGGAGGACUUUAUUGGGUGCUUGUAGGAGUAGCGGGAACAUGGAAUUGGCUUGUCAAGUCGGGAAUCAACUACUUGAGUUAGAGCCCAAAGAACAUAGCACUUAUGUUCUACUCUCGGACAUGUAUGGGCGCCUUAAGAAAUGGGGUGAUCUUGCCAGGGUGAAAAGACUUAUGAGGGAAAGAGGGGUGAGGAAGGUCCCUGGCUGGAGUUGGAUUGAGGUCCAAAACCAGGUUCAUUCUUUUAAUGCUGAAGACCGUUCCCACCCACUCUGUGAAGAUAUAUACCCUGUACUGGAAGGCUUGAUGGAUGAAGUAAGAAAGUUGGGCGGGGAUGGAAAUUCAGAGGAUUCAUUGCAACAAAUGGAGAUAUGGUUCGGGGCUCUUUGACAUUGACAUCUAUUCAUAUUCUCUCAGUUGAUGGCAACAAAUUUCAUUCGUUCAGGUACAGGUGCCCAGAUAAUUUUCUGGGCAAACAUUUUGGGCAGCAAAUAAGGAAGAAAUGGAAAUAUGGUUCGGGACUUUUUGACAGUGACAUUUAUUCGUAUUCUUUUAGUUGAUGGGAACAAAUUUCAUUCGUUCAGCUACAGGUGCCGGAUAGUUUUUUAAUGCAUACAUUUGGUGCAGCGAAUAAGGAAGAAUGGUAAGCAUUCUCCAUUGUAAUCAUACAGAAACACAAAUUUCAUGCAGCCUUCUUCUCAUUUUUUUUUAUGCUAGAUGACAAGGAGGAAAAAUUGGUUUGUUGUGAAUGUGAAGCAUUCCCUUAUUCAAUUGAAGUUACAGUCUUCUCCAAAUAGGAACUCUUGUCUUUGUUGCUUUUCAAGGGGAAAAAGCUGUGAAGCUGGGAGAUGGGACUCAGCAGUGGUGGGGGGUGAGGAGGAUGCCUUCCAAUUUACGACAAGCUGUUGUCGUCACCAAAUUCCUUGUCACCGGGUCAUCCCUACCUCACUGCAGGUCAGCAUCUCCGAAAGAAACAUAGGACUUCACCGAGGGGAGAUGCUGAGUUAACUUGCUGGCGAAGGAGUGUGUUAAAACUCAACACUGACAGGGCCACCAAAGGCAACCCGGGUAUUGCCAGAGCAGGUGGUAUGUUGUUCAGAGAUGGAGGAAGAAAUUGGAUUGGAGGCUGCACAAGUUUGGUGGGCAUAUAUGCUCUUCCACGAAGGCGGAAUUUUGGGCUCUAUACUGCUCGACCUUCGAAAGAUGCUCGUAGUUGAAGUGGUACGACGAAGCGGAAUCCUUUUGCUGAAUUGAAUCGAACGGCCACAAUUUGGGAUGCAUUACAAGAUCGGACAGCAGAUUACUUUUGAUUUUCCUUCGGCUUCUAGCCCUUUGUACCCACACAGGAAAAAAGAAGAAGAAGCAGAGUUUGAUUUUUUCUUUUUUUUGGUCAUAAGAGUUUGAUGUUGACUCACGGGAAUACAAAGAUAUUUUAAUGUUCGCUCGCAAGCUUCUUUUUAUACCAUGAUCAGGAUUCCUUGUUUUUCUUUA